AUGUCAUACCAUCUUCAAUGGGUCUGCCAGCCCAAUACUCCUUCCCACCCCAACUGCCGUGGCAAUAAGUUUUCCUGGCCUGAGCUUGUGGGAAAGAAGGGUAAGGAAGCAAAAGCUAUUAUCCUGAAAGAGAAUCCUUAUGUCAACAAUGUGGUUUAUGCCCCCCCAAGAUGCCGUUAUUACUGA